CACAGAGAGACACAGCUACCGGUCAGAAGAACGGGAACACCGAGAACCUCCGCACCGUCCGCCGCGUCUCCGCUGUUUUACUCGGUACAAUCGCUGCACAGACCGGGACAUCAUGGUGAAAGUGUCGUUUAACACCGCCCUUGCUCAGAAGGACGUGAAGAAGGACGGAGAGACCCUGAUUCCGGUGGAAAAGGACGUCGAGGCUCCGGAGUUUGUGCACCGUCAGCCGCGGGCGUGGUGCUGGUGCUUCUGGCUGGGACUGACCCUCAUGUUCUCAGGUGUGGUUGUGGGAGGAGCUUACCUGUACAGGUACUACGUGCUUGAGAGUGGGCAGGUGUACUGGUGUGGGGUGAAGUAUGUUGAGGAGGACUACAUGGUGCGGGAGGAGGAGGCGGUGGUGAUGGAGGGGUCUCCCGCUGGGCUGCGCUUCAUUAAGGAGUCGGUGUUGGUGCUGGAGGACGAGGAGGUGGAGGAGAUCCACGUACCUGUACCUGAAUUCGGAGAGAGCGACCCGGCAGACAUCGUUCACGACUUCAACAAGAGGCUGACGGCGUAUCUGGAUCUGAAUCUGGAUAAGUGUUAUGUGAUCUCUCUCAACACGUCUGUGGUCAUGCCCCCCCGAGACCUGGUGGAUCUUCUGGUCAACAUUAAGGCUGGUACCUACCUGCCGCAGACGUACCUGGUGCAUGAGCAGAUGAUUGUGACGGAGAGGCUGGAUGAUCUGGAUGAGCUGGGAUUCUUCAUCAGUAAACUGUGCCGAGGAAAAGAGAUCUACAGACUGCAGCGCCGCGACACCAUACUGGGCAUGCAGAAGCGCGAGGCUCCAAACUGCCACAAGAUUCGUCACUUUGUGAACAAGUUCGUGGUGGAAACUGAGAUCUGCGAGCUGUGAGAGAGAGAGACGGAAAGUGUGAGAGAGAGAAAGAAAAAGAGAGAGAGAGAGAGAGAGAGAGAGAGAGAGAGACGGGGGGGAGGCGAGAAUGCUUCUCUCACACAGCAGCAGCUUUUUUAAUUCCACUGCAGUGAUCUUUGGAUUUUUUAGGCCUUCUUGUAUUUUGUAGCUUCAGUGUGAAUCUGUGUUCAUCUUAAAUGGUCUUAUUAAACAUUACGCUUCUUUAAGCAUGAAAUAAUACUUUCAUAGGUUUCUGUACAACAUACUCAAAUGAGAAGAAGGCCCAGGAGCGUGCGAGAGUGCGCGAGAGUGCGUGAGAGUGUGCGAGAGUGUGUGAGAGUGUGCGAGAGUGCGCGAGAGUGCGUGAGAGUGUGCGAGAGUGCGCGAGAGUGUGCGAGAGUGAGCGUGUGAGAGUGAGCAUUUAUUAUAAGAAUGUGAUUCUUUAUUAAUUAGUUAGAUCUAAAGGGUCCAAGCACAACUUGUUCUACUGAUUUUUGAUGUUUUUUCUGAAUCUCUGCUUUACAUUUUCUGAGUGAUUUAAGAAAAUUGAGAUGUUUUGAAAUCAGAACUGCACAGUGGUUGGAGGAGAGUAAACGAAUGAAUAUAUUUUUUCAAAUUUAAAGAGUCAGAUAGUAAAUUCUGCAGUUGGCGUUCAUUUUUGUACCACUAAACUAUGGUAAAGUCUGCUUUCUGCUUUUGCUCCUGCUGAGUUUAUAUUCUAAGAAUUUAUAUAUGAAUAGUUAAAUUUACUGAAGAAAUAAAACAAUAAAUGAUGUAAAAUACUGUUCAAAUGUUUGAAAUCAUUUCUCCUAUUGAACCAGUUUUCCAAGCUAAAUAAUAUUUUUUUAAAAAUAAAAGAAUAUUUAUUAUUAGUGACAGUUGUGACCACCUAGAAACUAAAGACUCUGAAAUUGCACUUCCGAUUAAAAAUAUAUGUAGUGAAUACGACUAAAUACAGCAAAUAAAAACUCAACUCAACUCAACAGGUGGUUUUAGGUCAUGGAUUAUUAGUUUAAUUACUUUAAUUCUUCUAUUUGUAAUAAAAAUAUGAUUAUAGGAUGGAAAACUGGGAUUACAAACUUUUGAAUGGUGGUGUAUGAUGAUAGAUUUUUAAGCUACAUUGUAAAAAUGUGAAAUUUGUGUGAUUUUUCUUGGUUAUUUUCUCAUUUCCUGUUGAAUAUCCAUGCAAUAACAAAGCUUUCUUAGUAGCUGUGGAGCUCAGUGGUCUGGGUGCUUCAGGAUGUUCCACAUUGUUCAGAAAGCUGUAAGCUGAAUAUAACUGUAUAUAAUCUUUCUGUAAAAACAAACCCAAAAAUAAAAGUCUUAAACUUU